GUAAACAGACCUGCAGAAGUAGUUGUGAAAAGGGAAGCAGAAGUACUGAAAAAAAAAAAAAAAAAAAGAGGAGGGCUAGAAAGGAAGUGAGAAAGGUGGAAAUGUAUGACUUUUUCAACUUCCUGAUGGAAAGAUACCAAGAGAAAUAAAACUCUUUAUGACCAGAUAGGACCUUCCUUUGGCUACAUUUUUGUGUGCAUAAUGUCAUAUUGCUAUCCCCAAAUAAAUAAAACAAUGUAUCUAUCCAUCAAUCUAUCCAAUCUAUAGCUCACAUAUUAUUAUGACAAAUUAAGUUAUCCAUCAGUAUAGCAAACAUUUUAAAGCAUGUGAAAUUAAUCUACUUUCCUUUCAUGAAGAACACAGGAUGGGUAGGCAGCAUUCCAUCUACUCACAUUUCCAACCGUCAUUUCAACAGCCAUUUUAAGUUACGGAAGAGUCAAGGCUGGGACCUCAUGGCAUCAUUUUCCACGGAUUGCUCUCCAAGUUUUUCUGUUCCUGGCCUUUGGAACCCCUUCAUCAUAUUCCGCAGCCGCUCCUCUCGCCGCCGCCUCCACAGCCUGGGCCUCGCCGCGAUGCCGGAGAAGAGGCCCUUCGAGCGGCUGCCUGCCGAUGUCUCCCCCAUCAACUACAGCCUUUGCCUCAAGCCCGACUUGCUGGACUUCACCUUCGAGGGCAAGCUGGAGGCCGCCGCCCAGGUGAGGCAGGCGACUAAUCAGAUUGUGAUGAAUUGUGCUGAUAUUGAUAUUAUUACAGCUUCAUAUGCACCAGAAGGAGAUGAAGAAAUACAUGCUACAGGAUUUAACUAUCAGAAUGAAGAUGAAAAAGUCACCUUGUCUUUCCCUAGUACUCUGCAAACAGGUACGGGAACCUUAAAGAUAGAUUUUGUUGGAGAGCUGAAUGACAAAAUGAAAGGUUUCUAUAGAAGUAAAUAUACUACCCCUUCUGGAGAGGUGCGCUAUGCUGCUGUAACACAGUUUGAGGCUACUGAUGCCCGAAGGGCUUUUCCUUGCUGGGAUGAGCCUGCUAUCAAAGCAACUUUUGAUAUCUCAUUGGUUGUUCCUAAAGACAGAGUAGCUUUAUCAAACAUGAAUGUAAUUGACCGGAAACCAUACCCUGAUGAUGAAAAUUUAGUGGAAGUGAAGUUUGCCCGCACACCUGUUAUGUCUACAUAUCUGGUGGCAUUUGUUGUGGGUGAAUAUGACUUUGUAGAAACAAGGUCAAAAGAUGGUGUGUGUGUCCGUGUUUACACUCCUGUUGGCAAAGCAGAGCAAGGAAAAUUUGCGUUAGAGGUUGCUGCUAAAACCUUGCCUUUUUAUAAGGACUACUUCAAUGUUCCUUAUCCUCUACCUAAAAUUGAUCUCAUUGCUAUUGCAGACUUUGCAGCUGGUGCCAUGGAGAACUGGGGCCUUGUUACUUAUAGGGAGACUGCAUUGCUUAUUGAUCCAAAAAAUUCCUGUUCUUCAUCCCGCCAGUGGGUUGCUCUGGUUGUGGGACAUGAACUCGCCCAUCAAUGGUUUGGAAAUCUUGUUACUAUGGAAUGGUGGACUCAUCUUUGGUUAAAUGAAGGUUUUGCAUCCUGGAUUGAAUAUCUGUGUGUAGACCACUGCUUCCCAGAGUAUGAUAUUUGGACUCAGUUUGUUUCUGCUGAUUACACCCGUGCCCAGGAGCUUGACGCCUUAGAUAACAGCCAUCCUAUUGAAGUCAGUGUGGGCCAUCCAUCUGAGGUUGAUGAGAUAUUUGAUGCUAUAUCAUAUAGCAAAGGUGCAUCUGUCAUCCGAAUGCUGCAUGACUACAUUGGGGAUAAGGACUUUAAGAAAGGAAUGAACAUGUAUUUAACCAAGUUCCAACAAAAGAAUGCUGCCACAGAGGAUCUCUGGGAAAGUUUAGAAAAUGCUAGUGGUAAACCUAUAGCAGCUGUGAUGAAUACCUGGACCAAACAAAUGGGAUUUCCCCUCAUUUAUGUGGAAGCUGAACAGGUAGAAGAUGACAGAUUAUUGAGGUUGUCCCAAAAGAAGUUCUGUGCUGGUGGGUCAUAUGUUGGUGAAGAUUGUCCCCAGUGGAUGGUCCCUAUCACAAUCUCUACUAGUGAAGACCCCAACCAGGCCAAACUAAAAAUUCUAAUGGACAAGCCAGAGAUGAAUGUGGUUUUGAAAAAUGUCAAACCAGACCAAUGGGUGAAGUUAAACUUAGGAACAGUUGGGUUUUAUCGGACCCAGUACAGCUCUGCCAUGCUGGAAAGUUUAUUACCAGGCAUUCGUGACCUUUCUCUGCCCCCUGUGGAUCGACUUGGAUUACAGAAUGACCUCUUCUCCUUGGCUCGAGCUGGAAUCAUUAGCACUGUAGAGGUUCUAAAAGUCAUGGAGGCUUUUGUGAAUGAGCCCAAUUAUACUGUAUGGAGCGACCUGAGCUGUAACCUGGGGAUUCUCUCAACUCUCUUGUCCCACACAGACUUCUAUGAGGAAAUCCAGGAGUUUGUGAAAGAUGUCUUUUCACCUAUAGGGGAGAGACUGGGCUGGGACCCCAAACCUGGAGAAGGUCAUCUCGAUGCACUCCUGAGGGGCUUGGUUCUGGGAAAACUAGGAAAAGCAGGACAUAAGGCAACGUUAGAAGAAGCCCGUCGUCGGUUUAAGGACCACGUGGAAGGAAAACAGAUUCUCUCCGCUGAUCUGAGGAGUCCUGUCUAUCUGACUGUUUUGAAGCAUGGUGAUGGCACUACUUUAGAUAUUAUGUUAAAACUUCAUAAACAAGCAGAUAUGCAAGAAGAGAAAAACCGAAUCGAAAGAGUCCUUGGCGCUACUCUUUUGCCUGACCUGAUUCAAAAAGUCCUCACGUUUGCACUUUCAGAAGAGGUACGUCCACAGGACACUGUAUCGGUAAUUGGUGGAGUAGCUGGAGGCAGCAAGCAUGGUAGGAAAGCUGCUUGGAAAUUCAUAAAGGACAACUGGGAAGAACUUUAUAACCGAUACCAGGGAGGAUUCUUAAUAUCCAGACUAAUAAAGCUAUCAGUUGAGGGAUUUGCAGUUGAUAAAAUGGCUGGAGAGGUUAAGGCUUUCUUUGAGAGUCACCCAGCUCCUUCAGCUGAGCGUACCAUCCAGCAGUGUUGUGAAAAUAUUCUGCUGAAUGCUGCCUGGCUAAAGCGAGAUGCUGAGAGCAUCCACCAGUACCUCCUUCAGCGGAAGGCCUCACCACCCACAGUGUGAAUCCUGAGGUGCCGCCAUUGGCGGUUCUGCUGCUUCGCUGCAGGGAUAAGGUGGAGCUACCGAACAGCUGAUUCGUAUGCCAAGAAUUUGGAGUCUUCUUUCAAACCAGUGGGGGUUGGACAAUGAAUGUAGUUAACUGGUUCCUGCUCACACUCCAGAAUUAAAUUCUAUUGAAAAAGGAAAAUCAGCAAUUCAGCAAAAAAUAAAUAAAAAAUAAAAAUGUAAAUACGAUAGUAAUAAAAUAGAGCAUAACGAAACUGUGAAACUUUCUGAAGCCUUGUCAGUGGUUAAAAGUAUUUAACACUCUACUGUUAAUGACAGAUGUUCUGUUUUUAUAACCUACCAAAAGGAAACUAGAGGCUUCUUGGUGAAGAGCAUUUUUGUGAAGUGGGUUCUGCAAGGAGCCUAUAAAGCCAAGGGUGGUAUCCAUUUCUGGGAAUGGUUAAACACAAAAGGCUGAUAGCUGGUAUCACAUAGUUGGAGUCAGUGCAUAAUUCCAAGUGGCUUUUUUUUUUGGCACGGGGACUGAUCAGGAAGAUAUAUUCCUGCAUAACUCAAUCUGAACCAAGGAUUGUAGUUUAGUUUUCCUCCUUGCCUUCCCUUCUGUGUGACCAACCCCUUGGCCAAAAAAAAAAAAAAAAACAAAAA